AUGGCAUCAGAGCCAACUGGGCUCAUUGCUUCCGCCGCCAUGGUUCCGAUUUCAGAUCUUCAGAGCUUGCAAAAUGAUGUGAAAGCCAUGCAAGUCCAACUAUCUUCAUUUGUUGAAGAUUCCGGGAAGAGGUUUGAAACAAUGGAAACAACUCAGACUCACUUUCAAUCACAGUUAGAUGAGGUCCGAGAAGCUAAUAAGAAGCUGGAUUUCAUCAUCUCCAACAUGGGAUUGGCCUCACGAGCAGGUUCUGCCCCUUGCACACCACCUUCCACCAUUCAAUCUUCUCAACCUAUUAACACCAACAGCUCCUUGCAAUCUGUUCCACCGGGAACUUCUGUUUGUCCAGUGAUUCGAGAGAUUGGAGGAACAUCAGGUAACAAAACCCCGAUUCAAAAUACACUUUUUACUCCUUCCACUUAUCCUAUAGGUAGAGGAUUCACUUUUCCUCCUGCUCCAGUGUUCAAUAGCCCUCCAAUUUUUCAAAACCAUCCUUACACACCUACUGCUUCUCCUCUUUUACCCACACCUGUAGACCACACUGAUUCUUCUUUAAAAAAUUUGAAGCCUAAAAUUAAUUUUCCAGAAUUUGAUGGAACCAAUCCAAGGGGUUGGUUGAGGAAAUGUGAGAAAUUUUUUGAACUUUACCACAUUCCUGAACAUGAGAAGCUAAACUAUGCUUCUGUUCAUGUUAGGGAUAUGGUAGAUGUGUGGUUGGAUAGUUAUAUAGUCAACAAUAAAGGAAGGAUAACAUGGGCUAAAUUUUGUGUUGAAGUCUGUAGGAGGUUUGGUAAUGUACGGCCUCAAGAUAUUGUGGAUGAGUUUAAUAAGAUAAUGCAGGCUGGCAGUGUUGAUCAAUAUCAGGAAAAAUUUGAGGAACUCACUAGUUACAUGUCCAUUAUCAAUCCCUUGUUGAAUGAAGCUCAUUUUGUGUCCAGUUUCAUUAGUGGCUUAAGACCUGAGCUAAAACCUUUGGUGAAGUUAGCCAAUCCCUUAACCAUAAUGGAUGCAUAUGAAACUGCUAAAGUAUAUGAAGAAUCUUUUUCAGCCUUAGCCUAUCUUGUUUCCCCUCCCAGACAACCUCAAUACAACUCUUACUCCAGAAAUCCUUCAAUUACCUAUCCCAGAACCCAAACUAAUCCCAAACCACCAACUUUACCAACCCCAAACCAGCCCUUAAGAUUGACUUACCCCACUCAAAAACCAAACCCAAGAGCUGCCCUCAAACCAAACAACUUGGAGACUCUUAGAACUCAGGGACUUUGUUAUAAAUGUCAUGAGAAGUACUUCCCCGGACAUCAAUGUAAACCUAAGACCCUUCAUGCCAUGGAAGGGGUGGAAGGUGAACCAGAACCGGAAGUUGAAGAGUUUGUUGAUGUUCCAGAAACCUUGGAAGAGCCAGUGGAGGAACAAGCUGAAAUAUCAAUCAAUGUAAUACUUGGCUUGUCUAAUACUAGUAGUCCCCAUAAGACCAUCAAAAUUAUGGGGUUUGUCAAAAAGAUUCCAAUAAUUGUGCUCAUUGAUACUGGUUCCACUCAUUCAUUUGUGGAUCCUAUUAUGCUUAAGAAGCUUAACAAACAGGCACAAUUCUUGUCUAAAACAAUGAAGAUAGUGGUAGCUAAUGGACAAAUCUUAACUUGUGAUAAGAUUUGUACUGGUUUUAAUUGGAAAAUGCAGGAGGAAGGGUUCAUUUUUGACAUCAGAGUGCUAAAAAUUGGUGGUUGUGACAUGGUACUAGGAAUGGAUUGGAUUGACAUGAUUGCUCCAAUCAUUCUGAACACUAGACCCUUUAGUUUAUCAUUCUUGAAGGAAGGAAAAAUGAUCACUCUACUGGGAAUGACAAGAAAACAAAACAUAUCUCAGGUGGACAACAAUGAAUUAUACAAGAUGCUCAAGUCAGGCAUAUGUGAGAUUAUGGCAGAAAUGUGUAUGAUCAGUCAAGGUCAUUCCUCAGGUGGUGGGAACCAAGCAGGUUCAAAGAUAAAAGCACUGUUGACAGCUUUCACUGAUGUGUUUCAAGAACCAACUGAAUUACCUCCUGCUAGAAACUGUGAUCAUGCUAUUCAACUUACUCAAGGAGCUCAGCCUUUCAACCUAAGACCAUACAGGUAUUCCUUUGACCAAAAGAAUGCAAUUGAAGGUAUAAUACAAGAUAUGCUUAAAGCUGAGACUGUAAUGCCUAGUCAGUCCCCUUUUGCUUCACCUGCUCUGUUGGUUAAAAAGAAAGAUUCUACAUGGAGGUUGUGUGUCGAUUAUAGGAGGCUAAAUAGCAUGACUGUUAAAAACAAAUACCCUAUCCCUAUUAUCGAAGACUUAUUGGAUGAGCUCAAUGGAGCCAAUGUUUUCUCAAAAAUUGACCUUAGGGCAGGGUACCAUCAAGUGAGAAUGAAAGUCAGUGAUGAACAUAAAACUGCUUUUAGAACUCACCAUGGGUUGUGGCAGUUUAGAGUAAUGCCUUUUGGAUUAACAAAUGCUCCUGCUACUUUUCAGUCCCUUAUGAAUGAUGUGUUUCAGUCUCAAUUAAGGAAGUUCAUACUUGUCUUUUUUGAUGAUAUUUUAAUAUAUAGUAAAAAUGAGGAGGAUCAUUUGAAACAUCUGGAAGUAGUACUGCAGAAAGUUUAUCAAGAAUUAUGCAAUCACAAAGGGCCUCUAACUCAGUUGUUAAAAAAAGGAGGUUUCAAAUGGGGACCUGAGGCCUCAAAAGCUUUUGAGGAACUGAAAGGAGCAAUGACAACAACUCCUGUUCUUGCAUUACCGGAUUUCAAUAAACCAUUUGUGCUAGAAAUGGAUGCUUGUAAUAGUGGCGUGGGUGCUGUACUAAUGCAAGAAAGGAGACCUUUGGCUUUCAUGAGUCAAAUGCUGAGCAAAAGGCAUAUGGGACUGUCAACAUAUGAGAAGGAACUCAUUGCCCUUCUGAUGGCAGUGGACAGAUGGAGACAUUACCUUCAUCCCAACCACUUCAUCAUCAAAACUGACCAUUUUAGUUUAAAGUUUUUGCAGGAACAAAAGAUCAAUACUUGUUUACAACACAAAGGUUUGACAAAAUUGAUGGGGCUGAGCUUUGAAAUUCAUUACAAAAAGGGAGUGGAAAAUCUGGUUGCUAAUGCAUUAUCCAGGAGAAAUGAAACAACAGAGCAAGCUCAUUUCCAUGUAAUCACUCAAGUACUACCAUGCUGGAUUGAAGAGGUCCUCAACAGUUACAAAGAGGAUCAGAAUAUCACUCAAGCCAUUACUUCCAUCAGUGUUGAUCCCAACAACAAUCAGAAUCUCAGUGCCAACAAGGCUUAUUGA